AUGGCCGCGGAUACCGUAUCUCUCGAUAACCUGGAGGAAGUCCUCGCCAAUGACAGCCAGGUCAAGGUUGCUGGCUUCGACGCUGAUGGAAUACUUCGUGGGAAGCUCGUCUCCAAGAAGAAAUUCCUCUCAAUCGCAAAAGAUGGGUUCGGCUUCUGUUCCGUCAUCUUCGGGUGGGAUAUGCACGAUCAGACGUACUUCAAGGAGCUGGGUAUCAGCAACAAAGAGAAUGGAUAUAAAGAUCUCGUUGCUAUCCCGGAUAUGAGUAGCUUUCGGAGAAUACCAUGGGAGGACAAUGUACCUUUCUUCUUGGUCAGCUUUUUCGAUCCCGAUACCAAGAAGAGCAUCUCCGCCUGCCCGCGCGGGCUGUUAAAGGCCGCUACUUCUGGGCUGGAGCAGAAGGGCUACAGGGCUAUGGCCGGAGCCCGUUUUCUCAAGGAAAACCAAGUCACCGACCUGCAGCCAUUAACCGAGGGUAUGUUUGGUUAUAGCUUGACUAGGACAGUGCAUAACCAGGAGUACUUCUACAAGAUCUUCAGCACCUGCCGUGAAUUCGAAUGUGAUAUCGAAAGCUGGCAUACUGAGAGUGGUCCCGGAGUUUUUGAAGCGGCACUGCAGUUCGGAGAAGUAAAGGGAAUGGCCGACCGUGGUGGCCUGUUCAAGUAUGCAUCCCCAAUUCUUCGGUACAGGGCGAAAGUAUAUAUUAACCACAGAGUACGGAGUAGAUACGUCGUCAAGUCAGUCGGCUCAAAGUACGGGAUCACACCGGUUUUCAUGGCCAAGCCGCGUCAGGGUCUCCCUGGAAACAGUGGCCACAUGCACAUUUCUCUUGUCGACGAAUCGGGUGCUAAUAUCUUCGUCCGUGACUCUCCCGACCCUUCUGCGCCGUACCCAGACGUCGCCUAUAUUUCUGAUAUUGGACGACAGUUCCUUGCAGGGAUAUUAGUUGGCCUUCCGGAUAUUAUGCCUAUACUUGCGCCCACCAUAAACUCAUAUAAGCGACUGGUAGAGAAUUUCUGGGCUCCUGUGACGGUCUCAUGGGGUCUCGAGCAUCGCGCCGCGUCCAUCAGAGUUAUCUCCCCGCCAACUUGCAGUGGGAAAGGAACGAGAUUUGAAAUCCGUGUCCCCGGCGCUGACAUUAAUUCGCACUAUGUCCUAGCUGCGAUAGUCGCGUUGGGAUGGCGCGGUGUAGAGAAGAAGCUGGACAUUCCUAUCCCUCCACUACCAAAGGGUGAGAACGUCGGCAGCAACGCUGACAAGGGCGAAAGACUAGCGAAGAGUCUCAAGGAGGCUGUUUCCCGGUUCACAGCCAAGGAGAGUGUUGCCAGAGAGGCUUUUGGAGAUGAUUUUGUGGAUCAUUUUGGUGGGACGAGAGAACAUGAGAUUCGUCUCUGGGAGGAGGCUGUUACCGAUUGGUAUGUUUCAUUUCCACCGUUCCCUUUCCUCCUUUCUUUGUAUCACAUCACGCCUGGCUAA